AUGACCGCAUGUGGUUGGACUUGUGAGGAGGACCAUAAGCGCAUGUUGGAGCGUAGUGGCGGUGUGGCAUUAGGUUUGCCAUUUCCUUCUACAGGGAAGCUUCCACCACCGCAAAUAACAUACACGGACUCACUUCGAGCUGCGGUGAGCGGUACGAGUGUCAUGGCGCUUGUGCGACAAGUGUUUGGUGGAGCAGUUCGUGUGUGGGACAUACAGUCUGUACAUCUUGCGGCUCCUCAGGAAUCCUUUGGAUUACGUAUGCCAAGUGUAUAUAUGAAUAGAGGGACAAAGUUGGCCAUCAUUGCACUUGUGCCAUUACACGACACGCCAAUGCACAUGGGUACACCAGUCAUUGUGAAGGGCAGUAAUAGCAGCGACACAUAUGCUGCGUUACGGAGUUCCUAUGGUCAACACGAUGUAGAAGGUGAUGAUAUUUGUGGCGAUGGCUGCUACACAGAUGACCCUGAUGAGUUGCUGCCGUUAGGCAAACAGCUCGGCAUAGAUGAGGUGACUGGCCGCCGCAUAACAGUGGACGUUAACCCAUUUCUUUCAGUGGCUGUUGAACCGGGAGAUGUUAUUCUUUUAACAGUUUAUACGAUGCAUUCCUUUCUCACCAAUACAACCGACUGCUGGCGUAUCAUGACGGAGGCGGUGUGGACUAUGGAAGGCGAUGAUGUUGGUCCUGAUCCCCGUUACGUUGGUAGCAAUGCACCGGGGCUUAAUAAGUGGUGUAGCGAGCGUGACAACAGGAAGAAAUACCCGCGAACCAUGAACGAGGCGAAAAAGGCUUGGGGGUUAGUACCAGAUGCCCCAUCCACCAUAUGA